GAAUAUGUCAAAAUCCAUCAUGCUUAAACACCUUGCCUUCAUCGUGUUCCAAUCGGUGAUUGUGGUACAAAGUGAGACCUUUCAGAGAAGCCCAAUUCCAGAAGUAACUCGACAUGGCAAUUCGGUCAGGAGUAACGACAUUCCAGAUUUCAUAGGGUUCUCCUACAGUCGUGCAGCUCAGAACUCGCCAUCGUCUCGAUUCAUUAGCUUCAUGCAAGAGAACCUGAACAUCAACGCCAAUUUCAUCCCUGCUUAUGGAUCAUUCAAGGCCACCCAACCUGGUGUUUAUCAAUUUUCUUUCUCGUUCCUAACUCGAGAAACCGAGGCUGCCAUAGUGUCCUUGAAGGUCAAUCAGAGGAUCGUGAUCAGUGGCUUAAGUGAACAAGGUGCUCAUAACCCAGUAUCACAAGUUGUAAUCCAUCAGAUUCAAGCUGGCGAUGUUGUUCAACUUGAGGUGAUGCAAGGAAAGGUUUACGAAUCUGUCAGACCAGAAUUCGCUUACACUACAUUUAGCGGCUGGUUGAUUGCUCCAGUUGAUCCUCAGUUCCGUCGACGUUCCUACGACGAUCAGAGUUUGCGAUGCUGUUGCGAAGUAUGUGACAUUGUCGAUAUUCCUCGCAUUCCACCACCCUCAUAUCAGCCACCACAAAUUCCGCCCCCCGUGGCCCGCCCGCCUUUCAUUCUCACUACCAAACCCCCUUACCUACCGGGUUACAAUCCCCCUAUCAACCAUGGACCCAGCCCUCCAGUUGCAAGGGUCCCGGACAAUUGCUGCGAAACAAUCAUCGUUGGCCAAGGCAAUCCGGUCUCAAAGCCUAUCCAGUUCGAAAAGUUUGGCGUCUAUAAUGUUCAGGACGUGUCGCCGCAUAGUGGGCGUGCUAUCUUCAAGCAUUGCGAUCGAAACGAAUUUGUCUACUAUUUUCAAAGUCCACAAGGCUGGUCGGGAUGGAUGGUGGGACCCGUUGUGGGAACAGAAAGAGGAGGUCUGAUUAUAGAGAGUGACGCCCUCUGCGUGGAGCAGGAGCGACCAGGCGGAUGGAGCUUCUUUGAUGGGCGGGAAUUCCGAUCAGAUCCGCGUCUUACUGUUCAAUGUUUCAAUGGACGCACAAACGAUGCUCCAAGGUCGUUUGACGGCCAUAAAAUUCCUGCCUACAAGAUCAACAGCAAUCCCGACUACACUGAAGCAACAUUCGUAUUCCCAACCAAUGGCUCAAGACCAUUCUACUCCGUUGGCAGUGGAGGCGGAUCUUUGCCCGAUUACUUUUCGCCCUUAAAAACAGAGCAUGGGCGUGACAACUUGGAUGGUCUAGCCGCCGUCGUUGAAGCCAAGAUUGGCGUUACUCAAAAUGGCGCCAACGACGGGAUUUUACGGGAGGGAGUAGUUGUGAAAAGAGAAUCCAACUUGGAACCUCAGGGCGACCAAGAAAAUAGCGACGAUAGAAAAUUGUAAGAAGAGUGCUUAAACCUCAUGAUUAGAUCUUAACAUUUCUAGAUUUGCUUGAAGUAAAUAUAUGUUACACUGUGUAAACCAUU